GGCUGGCCGGCGAGCGAGACCUGAAGGUGAUGCCUCGUGAUAGCGACCCGGCACCGGACAGGAGUUGCCUGCUGGUUGUAGUGGCUUCACUUGGAAGCUGGUUCCGUUCAUCAUUUCAGUCCUUCCACGCUGCCACACCCUUGGGAACGCAUGAGAUUCCAGCCUCCUCUGUUCCGAAGCGACGCCCAUGAGAAUCAAGAUGGCAUGGCACUACUAACCAGGAGGGAUUUGGCAUCGACGACUCCUUGUCCGACGACAUCUUCUCCGCUCGGCCCGGCCCGGCCCGGUCCUCUGCUGUACGUCCUGUUUUCGGAUCUGGGCGUGUCUUCUCCAACACCUCUGCUCUGCGCGUUCCUCUGCCGGAUCUUACUCUUUUGAGGAAGUCUCUACAGAUUUGAGCACACGCUCUGGCUGAGUGCCAGCCCUGGUGUGCAUCCGUUUUGUGAUCCAGAAGGAACCUGUGAACCACUGCGUGACUCGUGAAGAUGGAGUUCGCGUUCAGCGCGGCGCGGUGGGUGGUGGGCAAGGCGCUCGCCCCCGUCGCAGACGGCUUCCUGGAGGCGUGGGCGGCCAGCAAGAAUCUCGGCUCCGAGGUCGAUGGCCUCAUGACGGAGCUGCAGUACGCGCAGGCCAUGCUCAACAACACCCGUGGCAGGGACAUCGACAACCCGGCCCUCAACGACCUGCUACUCAAGCUGCGUCUGCUGGCCUACGACGCCGACGACGUGCUCGACGAGCUCGACUACUUCCGCAUCCAGGACGAGCUCGACGGCACUUACCAUGCCGCUACCGAGCACGCCGGGGGAUGCGCCCGUGACCUCCUCCUCAAUGCUCGCCACACUGGAAGAUACGUUGCCAAUAAAUUCAAGCUCUCCUCAGGCUCGCCUGAUGCUACUCGUGGAAGACAAACUGCACAGAUACCAAAAUUGAAGUUUGAUAGGGUGGAUAUAUCUACAAGGAUGACAGAGAUCGUAAAGAAGCUCAAUCCCAUCUGUGCUAAGGUCUCAACCGUUCUUAAUCUAGAGCUCAUAGGCUCCAAAGGUAUCACUACUGCCACCAUGGAACGGCCCACAACCAGUGAGGAAAUUACAGAGCCUAAAUUGUAUGGGAGGGAGACAGAGCUACAGAGUGUUGUAGAUUCCAUUACCCAUGGUGAAUGUUUUGCCAAUGAACUUAGUGUGCUUCCAAUUGUUGGCCCGGGCGGUAUUGGGAAGACAACUUUCACACAACAUGUGUACCAAGAAGUGAGGAGCCAUUUCCAAGUUACAAUUUGGAUAUGCGUCUCUCUGGAUUUCAAUGCAGAUAGAUUGGCACAAGAAGCUGUGAAAAAGAUUCCCGAAGAUGAAAAGAAAAGUGGUAGUGACCAAGAACUAAUUGAGCAAAGAUUAAAAGGUAAACGGUUUUUGCUUGUCCUGGAUGAUAUAUGGAAGUGUCAUGAGGAUGAGUGGGAAAAACUAUUAGCACCAUUUAGAAAAGGUGGAGGAAAAGGUAAUAUGGUUAUAGUCACAACUCGGAUGUCAGAUGUGGCCAAAAUGGUUAAGACAGGUGAUUCUCAAAUACAGUUGGACCGUUUAGGAGCUCAAGAUUUUAAGGAUUUCUUUGACGCAUGUGUAUCUACCAGACAUGAGUUCUGGUCAGAGCAUCCUGAGUUAAGUGAAAUUGGGAAAGAAAUAAGUGUCAAACUGAAAUGUUCACCUCUUGCAGCAAAAACUGUAGGGAGAUUACUAAGAAAACAGCUCACUUUGGAGCAUUGGAGAAGGGUUCUAGAGAGCAAAGAAUGGGAACUCCAAACCAGUGACAAUGACAUUAUGCCAGCGUUGAAGAUUAGCUAUGAUUAUCUUCCACUUAACCUAAAGCAAUGCUUUUCCUAUUGUGCUUUGUUUCCUGAAGAUUACGAAUUUGACAGCAAAGAGUUAGUUCACUUUUGGAUAGGACUAGAUGUUUUACAUCUGGGUGAUCAGAGCAUAAGAAUAGAAGAUGUUGGCAAGAGUUAUUUGGUUGACUUGGUCAACUAUGGAUUUUUCAAAAGGAACAAAAAAGACAAUGGCUGUCAUUAUUAUGUUAUCCAUGACCUAUUACAUGAGCUGGCCGUCAAAGUUUCACGGUACGAUUGUCUUAGCAUACAAAUAUCUAAAGUGAGGUCUGUACAUAUCCCGGCAUCAGUACGCCACUUGUCUAUCAUUGUGGAUAACAAAGAUGUUGAGGAUAUAAUUACUUAUAAAGACUGUGAGAAGGAUCUUGGUGCACUUGAUAAAAGGCUGCAAAUUGAAAACAUACGUACAUUGAUGUUGUUUGGUGAAAAUUUGAAGAGUUUUUCCAAAACAUUUGGUAAUUUGUUUAAGAAAGCUAGAGCCCUUCGCGCUAUUUUUUUGUCUGAAGAAUCAUAUAUUGUGGAGAAUAUGUGGUGGAACUUUUCAAAGCUUGUCCACCUUCGCUACCUAAGGAUUAAGGGGGAUUACCAUUUUCUGGAAAGAGACCUACCAGGAACAAUUUCAAGACUAUAUCACUUGAAGAUCCUAGACAUUAAAGAUUCCUGGGGCUGCCCUAUGCCAUCAAGAUAUUUAAGCAACCUCGUAAGUAUGCAACAUUUUCUUGUCCCUGGUUAUAUGAGGCUUCACUCGGACAUUCUCAAUGUGGGAAACCUGAAACUUCUACGAGAACUAAGAAGAUUUGAAGCUAAGAAAGAAAAUAAAGGUUUUGAGUUAAAGCAACUAGCAGAACUACUAGAGCUUGAAGUACUGGGCAUUUACAAUCUUGAAAAGGUUAAAUUAAAGGAAGAAGCAGCUGCAAUGAAACUAAUACAAAAACACCAUUUACAAGAGCUCGUACUAGAUUGGGAUAUUAAUCGCUCCGAUAAGGAUCCUAUUGGAGAAGAGAAUAUCCUUGAAAGUCUUAUGCCACAUAGCAAUCUCUACAAGCUAUCUAUUACUGGGCAUGGAGGUGACACUUGCCCUUCAUGGCUUGGUACGAACCUCUCGGUAAAAACUUUGGAAUCUCUUCGGCUGAGUAACGUAUGUUGGAAAACAUUUCCACCUCUAGGAGAGAUGUGGUUUGUCGGUGAACAUUGUAAAAGCUGUAUACCAGAGCAAAGCUUCAAAAAAUUGAAGAGGCUAGAACUGGAAAAGGUACCAAAAUUGAUAAAAUGGGUUGGAAAUGGCCCUUCUGAUUUGUUCUCUCACUUGGAAGUACUCGUCAUCAAAGACUGUCCAGAACUCAUGGAAUUGCCAUUUUCACGUUGUGCUGGAUAUGAACAAGACGUUGAGGAUAACAUGACCUGGUUUCCUAAACUAGAAAAGCUCGAAAUUACAGAUUGUCCAAAGCUAUCAUCAUUGCCUUGUGUUCCAUGGUCUAGCUCUACUUGCAGCGCUAAGAUUGUACAAGCUGGUUCGGGUAUUAAGGAGCUGUCUUUCGGUGGAGAUUCCUUGGAAAUCAAGGGAAAGGACACAUUGGAUAGUGCUUUUUGGAGGGUGUUAGCCUUUCAUAACCUAUCCAAACUUGAAGCAUUGCGGGUGACGAGAUGCCCUCCUUUGUCAUUGGUUCACCUCGAAAAGCUAUCAUCCCUAAGGAGCCUCCAGAUAAAUGAUAUGGGUGAUGCCUUUUGUUCGGCUGAAGGUGAUGGUCAUGCCGGAUAUCGAUUUCCAGUUAAAAACGUCUUGAUUGAGCAAUAUGGUGGUAGUGGGCAGCGACUGACACGACUGUUCUCUUGCUUCCCAAACCUCCUCUGGUUCAGAAUGUUCAAGUGUGAGAAGUUAACAGGGUUAGGCGUUGUGGGCCUGCAUAAGAGGACGGAAGCACUGCCAAGACCGCCGUCAAUUUCAGUUAACCAAGUGGAGGAGGCACAAGUUGGACAGCACGAGCAGCAGGGCGCAAGAGCAGAGGAGGAAAUAGCAGCAGCAUCAACAUCAGAAGGGGUACUAUUGCUGCCUCACCAAUUACAAUUUUUGAAGAUCUCGGACUGCCAAAAUUUGGUCCUCUACCCAGGUUUACUCGACCACGACGAAGACGAAGGACGAACCGGAGGUGGAGGCCUCCAAGGUCUGAGCUCCCUCACUUCAUUAGAGAUAGUGAGAUGCCCCAGGUUCCUCUCCUCCUAUUCAUCGUCGUCCUCCUCUUCUUGUUUCCCUUUCCCAACCUCCCUGGAAUACCUCUCUCUGGAAGGCGUGGAGGGCAUGGAAACGCUGCUCCCUCUCUCGAACCUCACCUCUCUCACAGAGUUACGCAUACGGGAAUGUGGGGGUCUUAAAGGCGAGGGACUGCAGUCUCACCUCGCCCAAGGCCGUCUCCUCGCCCAAGGCGUGGAGGGCAUGGAAACGCCGAGCCUCCUCCACUCCAUUCCAGCCGACUACAACAGAGAAGCAGGACGAACUCGGGGAGGACAAGGGCUCCAAGGUCUGACCUCCCUCCGAACUUUGGAGGUAAUAGGUUGUCCCAGGUUGCUCUCCUCCUAUUCGUCCUCCUCCACUUCUCCUUGUUCUCCCUUCCCAACCUCCCUGGAACACCUCUCUCUUCACGGCGUGGAGGGCAUGGAGACGCUGCUGCCUCUCUCAAAUCUCAUCUCUCUCACAUAUUUAUACAUACAUGAUUGUGGGGAUUUAAGAGGCGAGGGACUGCAGUCUCUCCUCGCCCAAGGCCGUCUCACCAGAUUAAUUGUCUACAAAACCCCCAAAUUCUUCGCUGGUUCCGAGCCCUCACUGCCGCGUGAACCAGAGCUUCCAUCCUCUUCCUCCAAACUGCAGUUUCUUGACACGGAUGACGUCGCGGGUGUCCUUGCUGCGCCCAUCUGUGCCUUGCUCUCUUCCUCGCUGACCAAAUUGAGCUUUGCGACGGACUCAAAGGUGGAGCGCUUCACAAAGGAGCAAGAGGAGGCCCUUCAGCUCCUCACCUCCCUCGAGGGGAUCAGAUUUUGGGAGUGCGACAAGCUGCAGUGCCUCCCUGCAGGGCUGCAUAGACUUCCGAACCUCAAGAGAUUGGUGAUAGUCAAUUGUCUAGCCAUCGGCUCGCUGCCCAAGGAUGGCCUGCCAAAUUCACUGCAAAAACUAGCGAUCGCAGGCUGCCCAGGCAUCCGGUCUCUUCCAAAUGUGGAAUACCUUCCAAGUUCGCUGCGAAAAUUGGAUGUCGAAGAUAGCAAAAGCGUGGAACUAAGAAGGCAUUGCCACAAGUUGAUAGGAACUAUUCCAAUAGUCACAACCUGAUUUACCCAAGGGCUAUUGUUUGAAUUGGGAUUUCACUGUAUCCAUACAUGAUUCUCGGUUGUCAAGCGUGAACAUCGCAGGAUAUAUCUAAACACCCUGUACAUAAACUGGAGAGCAAUUUAUUUUUCUGAUAAGUGACGAAAUGUAUGCUACUCAACUGCGCAAGUGUAAAUCUGCCCAACUGUUGCUACUGACAACAUUUUCUAGAUCAAGCUUGGCAUGCAAGCUGUGUUGGCACAAAGAUUUGGUUGAUUCAAGGAGAUUUCUGGCACUUCAGUAAUCAACAUACAACUACUACUCUAGCUGGAGCAACUUCAGAUGUUCCUAGUGGUUCUAUGAUUGGCAGGUCUGGCCAGUGCCAUCUUAAGCAGCUGUGAACCAAGUGUUCCUUCACAUUGCACUCAUCUAGAUCAACAGAGUAGCUAGGGGUGGGCGCUCAGUCUGACCGAACUGAACCGAUCGUUUCUUCAGGUUUUAGCAGAUUUCGGUUACCUAAAACUAGGAACCGAUUGGUUCCAAAAGUUUCCAAGACUGAGUAGCUUCAUGCAUUCUAUGCUGCUCACACUUGCUUGCUUAUAUGCGAGGAAUUAUGUCUCAUUGAAAGGUGACAUUGAGGGCUGGCACUGUACCUCCCUGCAUGCCCUGCUGCCCACCUACUGCAUCCUGACCAUGGUCCGUGUGCGGGAUGGCUCGACCACUGUAUUGCUUCCGGGGGGGCCGCUCUGCGACGUUCUCCGGCACUCUACAGCCAUGUGGUCACUUCAGGCGCCACGGUGCGCGAUGUUCUAAAGGGGGCGUCGACCGCUUCAUAGAACGUCUUUUUCACAAUACCACUUGGAUUUAUACAGGCGGCGACUGGCGGCGGCGGGCGGCGUCGACUGGUGGUGACUGCGCGGCGGGGGGCGACGACGGCCUCGUCCACGGAAGCGCAAGAUCCAUCCGAGCCGCCGGAGACUCCGCGCCACAUCCACCUGUCCACGGCGGCCUCUCUCUCUGUCUCGUCGCCGCCGCCAUCGCUUGAAAGGGGAGAAAAGCAGGGAUGGGUUCAUGAGCUUCGGUUCAAAACAAGGAUUCAGGCUUCCCCAAGAAGCAGUUUCUUGCGUCGCCCACCAAGGCGAAGGCCGCCAACGGCAAGGGCGGCGACGGCGUUGCUCCGCUUGGCGAUGGCUUUGGUGAUCUCAAGUCCAAGGCCGAGGGGAAGCAGCAGCGGGCAGGUUUUGGCCCAAAGAGCCCGGAUUCUAGUACGCGUGAUGAAUCUUUGCUUUCUUUGGUUGUUUUCUGAAGCGAGGUCCCGAUCUUUAUCUUUUCAGUCAGUUAUUACUAUAGUUUAGAGAGGAUCUUUGGAAGUACAGAAGCAGAUGGGCAGUCAGUUCUUUAUAUGAAAAGGGACUUUUUGGGUUCGUUUAUUGAUUUAUUGGGCUCUGGAAGAUUUGAUAGCCAAGUGUAGUGUUAUCGCUGCAUUAAUCUCUUCUGGAGAUCAGUUAGCUUCUGGGUUCGUAAUUUUGCAGGGGCUGACGAUCUUGAACGGAAAAGGAUCUUUGUUGAUAUACUGACUGAUUUUGGUUUCUUUUAAUGGAGGAGGAGUUUUAGCUGUUA